UUUUUACUUUGUCUUCCCCCAGUUAUAAAUGAAAAGCUUCUUUCUCAAGAAAAAAAAACGUUUAAAACUUGAAUAAUUAAUCCGAUUGACGAGGUUUAAUAAAUAAACGACAAAAGAAUGAACGAACAGGCCAUAAGGGAACUGGAGGCCGCGGCCCAAAUAAUAAUGGCUCCGCCGAAUGUUGUAUCGAAUGAACAGAGACACGCGGCGGAAACGGUUUUUCUUAAUUUUCGAAAGAGCAAGUCACCCUACGACUUGUGCAGACAAAUACUCGAAAAGUCUGAGAAUCAAUAUGUUUUGUUUGAGGCUGCCGAGGUUUUAAAGGAGGCUGUUAUUAGAGAAUGGUCGUUUUUGCUGGAUAGUGACCGGACUUCCUUAAGACAAUACCUGAUGCAAUACAUAACAUCACAUCAAGUGCCACAUUAUGUGCGAGAUAGAAUAUUACAAGUGAUAGCAAUAAUGGUAAAGAGAGCAAGUAUUGACGAUCAGGGUAGAGAGAGAGGAACCAUUUUACAAGAAGUGGAAAAUUUGAUUGUUAAUGCAGAAUCAGAUAAAAAACUGCUUGGUUGUAACAUAAUAUCGAACCUAAUGCAAGAGUAUGCAAGCACAGUAAAAUCGACAGAUGUCGGUCUACCCUGGGAAGUGCAUUUUAAAGCGAAAAAACAGUUUGAAAGUUCAGAUUUGAAAAGGAUCUUCCAGUUUUGUGUUUAUUUGUUAUCGGAAGUUGUGAAGAACGAUCCACCUUAUAAUGAGGUGAUGGUGCAACUGACAAGGCAUCUGCUGCAGAUCACCGAGAGGGUGCUCACUUGGGGAUAUGUGUCACCAAUUUUACCCAAAAGGUUAAUUGGAAUAUACGAGUCAGUGUAUGAAUCAGACCAAGCACCUUCAUUAAAACUGAGCAACGCGUGGGCAGAAAUUAUGUUCAAUCCAGAUCUGAUUCCUCUUAUGUUUCAGAUUUAUUGGAAGGUAAGGGAUACCGAUGAAUUGGCCCAUCAUGCCCUAAACUGUUUGGUGCAAUUGGCCAGUUUAUGUGGAGGAAUUAUGAACACUGAAGAGGUGAAGAUCAAGUAUUUACACACUUAUUUGGUGAACUUCCUAAAUCUGAUUUCAAAUGUUCCCAUAAGAAAAAAAGAAUCCUUAGGAGUAUCGAGCAUUGUGAGAAAAUUAGUAUUAUUUUUUGACUUUGGCCAGUUACCCAAUACCCUGCAGGAAACUUGGAUGGACGAAUUUACUAGACUGACUUGCCACUUUUGUGACGGGAUAGUGCACGAAGAAGCGAAUCCAGACGAAGACAAGUUCUUUUCUGAAGCAUUUGAAAACAUGUUGGAGGCCUGGACUACAUUGAUUACUCAGUCCAACUCCUUACCAGAGGACUUCCAUAAGAACUGUGCCGUCAGGAUAUUUAAUAAAUAUGUGCAGUGUCAUUUGGCACCUCCAGAUGGCAGCCGAAGUACUGAAAUUGGAGAGGGAGGUAUUUAUGAUGAAGAGCUCGAAGAUAAUGACAGAACCAAGUAUAGUGAACAACUUCAAACCAUAGGAAUCAUCGGCAGGACCAUUUUGUCUCACUCGGUUCCGCUACUCUACAAGAUCUUGGAGUCCAGAAUCGAUCGGUUGUUGAACAUGUUACAAGUGAUGCGAAAUCGGGCGAUGACCCUAAACGAGGCGGCCGUCCUGGAGAAUUUAUUCGAGGACGUCCACUGGACGAUCUUGAUCGCUGGACACGUUCUGGCGAUGGAAUGCGAGGGCGAAACCCCGAUGAUUCCCACCGAGGUCACCGUUUAUUCGACGGAAAUGACCAAAAGCGGACUCUGUACACCGGAUGCGAGUAUUAACGCUUUGGCUUCCGUUGACCCUAAGCUUCCGGUUCCUGAUUCGUUGGAACAAUGCGACCAUGUGAUUAGAGUGAGUUACAAUAUAAUGCGACUGGCCUCGGUGGAGGAAUUGGCCGUUUCCAUGAAAUUGAGCCACUUUAUGAGUCCGGAAGUGGGUUCGUCGAUUAUGUGGUUCCUAAAACGGUUCUGUAUGAGUUAUUUGUUGCCCGACGAGGACUUUUAUACGCAGAUCAGUCCGAUACUAUUAAACUGUUUAGGCCGCGACUCAGAAUGCAGCAAACUGGUCGUAUCGUUCCUACUAAACAAAAUCGCCGUCAACUUGUACAGUUUCCAAUCGGAGGCGAUCCUUUUAAGGGACACCGUCGAUCUGUUCAGCGAUAUGGUGUGCACAAAACAGAAGGCUCUAUACAUUAUUAAGACGGAACCGAUGGCCAAACUGAUCGCUUUAACCGAACAAAUGCACCCGGGGACUCUGCCCUCGAACGUUUUAAGGGGCGUCUAUAAGGGCUUAACACUUGCAGGUCGUUGCUUAGUUGAUCCGGAAGAAAUAAACCAAUACUACGAACGGAUUUUGCAACCGUUACGGAUAAGAUUUAAAACCCUGAUAGGGCAAGAGGAUUUCGCGAGGACGUGUCACGACGAACAGGUUCAGAAGGUUGUGAUUGAUCUGCUCGAGUGUUUUAUAGGAGUCGCCAUAGGGUCGUUUAUGGCCACAGUUCAGAUCCUGUUUGACUUUAUGGAGCCGAUCUUGUCGGAAUUGCGAGAAUUCUUAAAUUUUUACAAAGACUAUCAGGUGAUUGUCCAGUUGAUCUUGGAGGUGUUCGGACAGUGCGCCAAAUACAUGUUGUGUUAUUUAAAGCCUUUAGAUAGUAAAAAAUUAUACGUUAGUUCCUUGGGCGUGGUACAAUAUUACGCCAAAUUUAACGUAAACCGUUUAACGAACGAGUCUUUUGCGGAGGAGAGUAGCGUGCAGGAUUUGAGCCUGUUAUUGGAUCUGUUGACGUUUAUUUUGUCCAAGGAUUGCAUUGAUUUGUGCGAUAAUGUUAAUCACGAGGACGCAAUGGUCACUGCCUCUGAUGUGGCCUUAUACGGACUAAAAUUCAUAAUGCCGAUAAUGCCGCUGGAAAUGCUGAAAUUCCCGAAAUUAUGCGCCCAAUUUUAUCGACUUUUGGUCCUAAUUAACGACAUUUACCCGGAGAAAAUCUCCGAGCUGCCAUACGAUAUGAUGUCGAACCUUUUACAGUGCAUCCACUUAGGUUUGACCAAUUUCGGUACCGAUAUUGUACAGGCUUGUUUAGACUUUAUACAGGGUAUGGCCUCGUACAUAUUCAGACAUCAAGCGUUAGAGACCCCGUUCGCGGCAGCUUUAAAACCAUUCUUGAAGAUCCUGAUGGAUUUGGUGCUUUCGCAUCAAAUCAACUCGGACAUGAUCAGUUCUUCUUCCACUACGAUUUACACGCUCAUCUGCUGUUAUCAGCAGGAAUACGAGGGAUUGGUUCAGAGCUUAAUACAGAACCAGUCCGAUCCUUUGAUAGCUGAAAGAUUGGCGGUCGCAUUUAAUAAUCUCACCCAAAACGUGGCUCUGACGUGCGAGCGACACCCCAAACUGAAAUUCAGAGAUAAUUUCGAUAAAUUCAUCGCCAACGUACACGGAUUUUUACUUAUAAAAUAAAUUCAAUUUUGCAAAGUCGAAUUUUCAAACUUGAGUGACUAUCAAGAAGAGCGAAGCAGAGGCAUCUCAUUAUUAGGAUGAAUUAUAAGGAAUUUGCCGAAAACGUGCUCGCAUAUGUAAAUGAAUAUUUUUCUUCUGCGUUAAAAAGCACCAUCUCUCCGGCCUCUUAAUUUUUAUUAGACAGUAACCAUUUAUGUAUUUUAUUGUAUAAAGAUUUUUAUAUUUUUCUCAGAAAUAAAGUAAAUUCUGUGUUAA